AUGCAUCGUCGCGGGGGGAAAAGAAUUCGCAUGAAUGAGCCUCCUCCGUUUGAAGAGCCGGAGCAAUUGUAUCAGAGUGAACCACACAAUGAAAGUUGGUCUUCUGGAGGCCAUGAUGAUGCCGCACCGCCAGAAGAAACGGGAGAACCUUCCCGUGGCCGAAUGACCCGUUUGCGGGCCCGUGGCGGAGUCCCACUGAAGGCGCCGAUCAUCGAGGAUGACGACGAUGAUUUCUUUUUCGAAAAGGAACACCAGAAAAAACGCAAAGCCCCCGGACGAAAGCCGAAGGAGGUGGUGCCGAAAGAGCCGAGUGAGAAACCGGUGCGUGUUUACCAGGAGCGAGAGGAGCGUGUAGUUGUGACCGAUCGAGAAAGUACCACCGACGAAUCAAGCCUUUACUACAUCCUGCGCCACUCGAAGCAAUCAAUCGCGACCAUCGUGGACGAUUGGAUCGAGCGCUACAAGGCGGACAAGGACUCGGCACUGAUUGCACUGAUGAACUUUUUCGUGCACGCGAGCGGCUGCAAGGGCAAGAUCACGCCCGAUAUGCAGCAGAACAUGGAGCACACGGCCAUUAUCCGCAAGAUGACCGAAGAGUUCGACGAGGACAGCCACGAAUAUCCCCUGAUGAUGUCCGGCCAGCAGUGGAAAAAGUUCAAGAUGAACUUUUGUGACUUUGUACAAACGCUCGUGAAACAGUGCCAGUACUCGAUCAUCUACGAUCAGUUUCUGAUGGAUAAUGUAAUUUCACUACUGACCGGGCUGUCGGAUUCGCAGGUGCGAGCUUUUCGGCACACGGCUACACUGGCGGCCAUGAAGCUGAUGACGGCCCUUGUCGAUGUAGCGCUUCUCGUGUCGAUUCAUUUCGACAACGCCGCUCGGCAGUACGACGUAGAGAGGACAAAGUCCCGCGAAAAGCGAGCCCCUGACCGUGUGGAAACACUGAUGGCCCGACGAACGGAACUGGAGGAAAACAUGGACGAAAUAAAGAACAUGUUAACGUACAUGUUCAAGUCGGUGUUUGUGCACCGUUACCGCGACACACUGCCGGACAUUCGGGCCAUCUGCAUGUCCGAGAUCGGCAUUUGGAUGAUGAAGUUUUCGUCCAACUUUCUGGACGAUUCGUACCUCAAGUACAUCGGCUGGACGCUUCACGACAAGGUGGGGGACGUGCGCCUAAAGUGUCUGCAGGCCCUUCUACCACUGUACGAGAAUGAGGAACUCAAGGGAAAGCUGGAGCUGUUUACGUCGAAAUUCAAGGAUCGUAUCGUAGCGAUGACGCUCGACAAGGAGUACGAAGCGGCUGUACAUGCGGUCAAACUAGUUAUCAACAUCCUCAAAAGCCACCAGGACAUUCUAACGGAUAAGGAUUGUGAAAUCGUGUACGAGUUGGUGUACUCUUCCCACCGCGGAGUAGCACAGGCGGCAGCCGAAUUUUUGAACGUUCGUCUAUUCUGCUUAGAUGUGAACGCCCCAGUCACGUACACUCGGAGCGGAAAGAAGCGACUCCCGAACACGCCCCUUCUGCGCGAUUUGGUGCAGUUCUUUAUCGAAUCCGAGUUACACGAGCACGGCGCUUACCUCGUUGAUUCUUUCAUCGACAGUAAUCCAAUGUUAAAAGAUUGGGAGUGCUACACGGAUCUGUUGCUCGAAGAGGCAGGCCCAAUGGAGGAAACUCUUGACAACAAGCAAGAGUCCACGCUGAUCGAGAUUAUGGUGAGUGCGGUGCGCCAAUCGGCUACCGGGGAGCCACCAGUGGGACGCGGCAGUAGCCGCAAAAUGACACUGAGCGCCAAGGAGAUCAAACAGGUGCAGGAUGAUAAGCAGCGGUUGACGGAGCAUUUCAUUCAGAAGCUACCGCUACUUCUCCAUCGCUACAGUGCGGACGGGGAGAAGUUGACCAACCUGCUGGCCAUCCCGCAACACUUUGAUAUCGAGCUAUUUACAACAUCGCGACAGGAAGCGAACCUACAGGCACUGCUGGACAAAAUGACGCACGUUAUGUCAACGCACGUCGACCGUGAGGUGUUGGAAACGUGCGCCAAAACCCUCGAAUUCCUGUGCACCGAGGGCAGUGCGAUUUAUGCGCGCUGUGAUUUGGCACGAUCGAAUGUCAUUGAUGAGUGCGUUACGCGUUACAAGGAAGCGAUUGAUGAUUACAGGACGCUGAUUGCUGGCGAUGAGAUACCGAAUGAGGAUGAGAUCUACAAUGUUAACAUUUCACUGAAGAAGGUGUCUAUUUUGUAUUCGUGUCACAAUCUCAACACUUGGAAUCUGUUCGCUUCGCUGUAUCAGGACAUCGAGGAACGGAUUGCGCUAGCUAAUGCCGAAGAUGGCAGCCAGCAGGAUGGUAUACCGAAAGAGGCACUUGUGUACUGCAUCGAAGCAUGCUUCUUCUCGAUCAACUGGGGUUUGUUUCAUCUCGAAACGACCAUGGACCGGUCGCAGGCCGCACAGGAAGCACACGAACUGAAUCGCGACUUACACAAGUACCUAGCGGCCUGCAGCCAUCUGGUGCGCUUCGACCGCGAGUCCUCCGUUCGUGAAGCGGCCUACUCGUCGAUCUGUGAUCUUCUGGUGGUAUUUUCCGAUCAGCUUCGUAGUCAUGCCGACGAGAACGUACAAACUUUGGUCUGUGCACCUACCGAAGAACAACACGCGCUGCUGAACGAGUUUGUUCAGGCGACGGUUUUUUCUACCGAGCAGGAAGAAGGCCACGACGAGACCCGCAUCGAGGAGCUUCACAAGCGCCGCAGUUUUCUGGCCGCUUACUGUAAGCUGAUCGUUUACAACAUUCUACCGAUCAAAGCAGCAGCGGACAUUUUCAAACACUAUCUGCGUCAUUACGACGAGUACGGGGAUAUCAUCAAAACGACGCUGGGCAAAACGCGUGAAAUCAACAAAGUAAACUGUUCGAUGACGAUGUGUUGGAGUUUGAUUAAACUGUUCCAAGAGCUGCAGGAAACGAUCGGAGAUGGCCAGCGCGUGUUGCGCAACUCGCAAGAGUUCCUGGACCUGAAGGAACUUGCCAAGCGUUUUGCGCUCUCGUUUGGAUUGGAUGCCGUGAAAAAUCGGGAAGCCAUCACCGUGUUCCAUCGUGCUGGAAUCUACUUUGCCGUGACAACACCGAACGAAGCCCACGAAGAUCCAUCGGCGGCUCCCCCGUGCAUCGCCUUUCUGGAGGUGUUGGCCGAGCUGACGAACAAGCUCAUAAAGCAGGACAAAAAGUUAAUUUUAACCUUCCUGGAACGUCGACUAAAAGCGGGCAUUCCAUCGAGUCGCUCGGAAGAUUGGCAGCCUCUGGUCACCUAUCGCGUUUCACUGUUGCACGGCGAAACCGAUCAGAUACCAGUUCCCUCGAAGCGAGCUUAUACGCGCAGAAAGAAGGACGCCGAUCAGGAAGACGAAUCUGAAUCUUCCUCAGACUAGGAUCCAUCUUAAUCCAUGGUCCAUGGAGUGUCAAAAAUAUCGGGCAAUAUGUAGAAGUACAGAUUCAAAUGCUGCAAGCCUUGUGCUGCGUUAAUUCACACAUUAAAGCUAUUUCGCUUCACAUCACUUCGCCGGCGAAAUGGCAAUUAUCCAUAUACCAAUAAUCUAUUCGUGUAGCAUAAGGAUACGCCGA